UGGAGCUGGCACUCACAUCCUUAUGGAAGCGGACGAGGAUCCUGGACCCGGCACUUACCUUCACAUGGACCCUGUCGCUUAACGGGCACCCCCGCAGCCUCGUCCACUGAGUCGCUGGUGAACAUCAAGCUCGUCUUGGGUAGUAAAAGAUUUGCAUCAAACACAAUAACCAACAAAGGAGAAAUGGCAGCCAUUCCAGCAGGUGGUUCUCUUGUGGCAACCACCGACUAUCGAAGGCGCAUCAGCUCCACAUCCAGCAGCAGCUCAUGUGGCAGUUCGGAUUACAAUGGGGAGGUCAUCCCCCAUCAUCCUGGGCUCCCCAAACAGGACUCUGGCCAUUGGUGGUCCAGUUUCUUUUUUGGGAGACAGCCAGGGAUGACUCCACUGACCGAAGAGGCACAGCAAAAGGCAGGGGUCUCUGACGCAGUGACGAGCGGUCACAUGACCUGCGUUGCCAGGGAGAUGGUGAUGCAUCAGCAAGUGGGUGAGAGCAGCAACGCAAGAAGCUCCACUUCAUAAUGAUGAAGACUUCACUCCUUCCAGUCCCACCUUGGAAAACUAUACCAACGGCCGACGCUAGGUGACGAGGGCUGCCCCGUUUAUACCCACCCACCUCCCCACCCCCUUUUUUACAUUCAUAAGUGAAUGGGCUCUUAAUUGUUGUGACUUUCUAUUGAUCAACAUCAACCUUUAUUUUCCUUUCUGUGCAAUAUUGUUGCAUAGACUGCGUGAAGUGUGGUGCAUAUACUUUUACAUGCCUUUGCUACAUCUUUUUUUCACUCUGAUAUUGCUAAUGCAAUAAAGUAAACUCUGUCAAA